AUACCGCGCUACACCAGAGCGCUCGGCGGAGACAUCAGGAAGCGUCUUCAUGAUGGCACGCCCCAUACGAAGCAAUGCGCUCGAGAAGCUUGCUCGUCUGUCCGCGCAGUCGCCGUCGGUAGAUGCCACCCAUUCCGACUUUGCGAGGCUGUUCAAAAGAUGCCCGGCGGCAAGCUCCAUGAAACUGCAAGAGCUGGAGGCUGUCCUCGCCUUAUGCAAAUCUGCACCCUACAUCGAGUCGAUUGACGUCGCUGAGAAGCUGCUGACACGCCUCUCCCCAUACCUCACCGCAUCAUACACGCAGACGCUUGCGCCCUCGCCCAGCCUACGCACCUUCGAGCCCGCGCCGUACGAAGUUCUUACCUACAGCCUCACGUGUGCCGUCCUCUCGCUCGGCCUUCGGCAUGAUCAGCUACGGACACAAGCUGCCACUGCACUCGGUGCUUACCUCUCCGGCUGGGUCGAAGCAGCUGCGGAGCUCUCGGGGGAACAAUUCGUCGACGAUGGGGCCGACGACUACGCUGCCGAUGGAGAGCUGGCGCGCGUCAUGACACACAAUCUCUCGCUGCUGGGCUUCCUGAGUGCUGCUGCUGAGCACGCCCAUUUCUGGAAUGCAUACGAGAGACUCCAACUCAUUCAAGACGUCCGAGCAGCAUUGACGGAGAACUUCCUCAUCGCAUUCGAAACCGUGCUGUCGAUUGUGCGCAAUGCGCGCUCCCACCAGCAUGGGUUGAGGGAGUGGAAGCGGUACACGAAGCAUUAUGCUGCUACUGGACGACCACUCGGUGCGAUGAUUCUGCACGACUCUUUUCUGAAGGUCGUGCUGGCGUCUGCUUCGCUGCUGGUUGGGACCAGUGCGCACCUCACUUCGCAAACGGCCAUUCUGGAUCACCUGCAGACCACGCUCCACAGGAAGAACCACCAGAUUCUUAGGGACUCAGCUGAGAACUCGUUGGCUGAGGGGUUGGCUAAGAUCGCAGGAGAGGAGAUGGAACGUCUGGAGAAUGAUAUGGAUUAUCUACAACGGGUUGGAUCUGCUUGGCAGCAGCAGCAGGCCUCUUCCGUCAAGGCAAAGGUACUCGUCACGUAUCUCUGCUGUACCAUUUACGACGACGACACGGAUGUCACAGACGCAGAGGUCUUGACUACCUGGCUCGACAAUGUGCUCAACGAUCCGGUACAGAGUGCGGACCAUGAAUUGGCUUCCACAGUCCUCAAGUCUAUGGCCAUCCUCGCCAAAGUUUCGCCGCAGCUGGCGUCUAGCCUCGGUCGUUCGCUCCCUCGAGUCAUUGUUCAAGCCAACUUCGACCAUCGAACAACUUCUGUCGCAGCUGAGUCGCUCGCCGCUGUCCUAACUCUUCUUCCCCAGGAUGCCAUCAUCACGACACUGUACAGCUUGGGCAAUGUCAUCAGCGUCGCUCCUAAACCUGACCGCAACCCGUCUUCAUCUCCAACCUUGAACGGCAACGGCAAGCCUGCACGUACAGGUGGUGUUUAUCAAAACCAGAACGGCAGCACCAUCUCACUCACACCAAGUGAUGUCGACGAGCCGCACCAUGUACACACCACAGUCGUGGAGACUAUUGUAUCUGUCGCGAGAAACUGCAAAGAUCCCAAGAUCACGGCAUUGGCACUGUCGAUGCUUGUCCAGAAGGUCGGCCGUUCUGGAAAAGUUGUGGAUGCAAAGAUCAUCACCGAUUCGGCUUUCUUGGGUGUACACAGUCCGCCUGGAGAGUUCAGAAGUUUGCUCAAGGUCUACACUAAACUCUCGCAUGAUGCACUGGUUUCAGACGAUGUGGCUACACUCGAAGCUGUCAUGGCUGCGCGUCUCAACCUCUCUAGGGAGAUUUCUGCCGAUGAGCCUACCUUCGAAAUUUAUCUUACACAUCUGCUAGACACCAUCGUCAGCAAGGGAGAUGCCCAGGAGACUUCGCAUCGCCAUCUCAGAGAUACGGAGCUUGCAGCUCAAGAGAUUGCGCAGAUACUCAAGCCUCUCGCUCUUUUGCUUGAACGGAAUGCGGAACGAGCUGAGUUUUCUGAGCUAGAUGAUUCCAUCAUCGGGCUCCAGCGUGAUGCUUGGUUCAAUAUCGUUGUUCACGGCUUCGAUCUGCUGUCCGAUCUUGGUAAACAACACAGGGAAGAGUUGCGCACUCUUGCACGGUUCAGCAAGCCUCUCAUCGCAGAGGAGCGGCCCUUUCUUUCGGAAAGUGACAUCGAACUCAACACGGUGUUGCGUCGCGGUAAGUCGCCUGAACAUACAGUCGAGCAGAAGAAGAGGCUUGGGAAAUUGCUUCCGUCAUGUGAGCCCGACACCAAGUCCUUGAGUUAUCAGGAAGCAGUCUUCUUGAGCACUGCCUAUCUGGUCGAAGAUUUACGCGCAAGUGCCGGUGAUUGCACCAAGGCGCUUGCGUACUUUCUUGAUCCAAAGCUACGAACUGGCGCAGUGGGUAACUGUAUGGCUGCCAUUGCAACAACGGCCGUUCGAACCUAUCUGGCAAAGACGCUGUCGGGUCAAUCCCAUACAUUCUCGACCCCGUACCUUGCGCGCCAGCUAGCGACGAUAUUUUCCGCGUGCUGUCAUCGUAUUGCCCGCGUUCAGCAAGCGGCAGCUACCUGUGCAGAUAUCAUUAUCCGCGAAGUGCCAUCCACACUAUGUCAAAAGAGUGCGCUGUUUGCCCUCUUGGAGCUCCUUUCAAUGAUGUGGUACAGUUGCCUUGAAGGCGAGACUGAUGAUUAUACCUGGAAGUCAACCUUUACAUCAAAGCGGUCCAACAUCGUGGUGGAACUAUCCGAUGACUAUGCUUUCCGCCGAGCGACCCUCGAGGCGUUACACAAGCGUGCAAUCGCUUGGGUGAAAGGAGCGCUUGAUAUUGCCCCACUCGAUGUCAAAGGGCUUCUCCAAUCCUAUCUGUCCGAAUUCGAUGAUGAAAUGACUUUUGGUCAUAUAUCGCUAGGACGAUCUUUUGCGUUGGAGAUGGGGUCUGUCAUUCCAUCAACCGACCAGCGACUUGGUGCUAUUGAACGCCAGGGCAUCAACAUCAACACUGCGUCGGACUUCAUCACUCAAUAUACGACAAGACAGGAAUACAAGUUUCUCGAGGGCGUUGCUGAUCAAGAAGAGGAAUGGCUUCAGGGCGCACCGGCUUCUGGGCGGAAGUCGACAUACCUCUCGCGAAGCUUACACGAAGCGACGAAUCUUCUAGUGGACUUGGAGAACCGCACCCUUAAUCACAAGCAUGUGACUAUUGCUGAGCUUCGCGACAUAUUGCGAAGAGCGGCUGCGCUUCUAUGCAGGGUCAAGACAGACCAGUCGCCUAUCGUUCAGCACCUGGUUGGAAUUCCCUUCGCCGUGUUCUCGAAGCAGUCCAUCAAGCUGGGUAUCUCACUGUGGACGAGCGUUGCCAAAGAGAACCCUCGUAUGGAAUCCCGCAUCCUCGUCGCCAUUGCUGAAAACUGGGAGAACACGGUGCGCAAGCGUCGUGGUAUCUUCAGCCCUGCACUGAGACAUGAAGAUCCUUUCUACGGAAAGCAAGAAUUCGCUGCAACAGACAAAGAAGCACUCUCGAAACGCCAGCAGCAGAUCUACAACCUGAUCGCUCCGCACUUCCGCCUACUGCAGUUCUUGUCUAGCCAUUUCAGUGCCUCGAGGUUGAGCAGAGCGGAUGUGGAGCGUGUUUACGUUCGGCUAAUGCACAUCACGCUCGAUGCCAUGAGUGGUGGUUGCUCGCAGCCGCUUGCUCGCGAGUCGUACUUCCAUAUCGUUCUACUUGGAUUGCGCAUUGCGCGUCACUGUACCACAUUGUCGGCGACCAUUAGAUGGCGCCUGACGGAUCGCAUACUGACUGCUGCUCUGGCGUGGUUUGCGAAAGCCCCGCAAUGGUCCUUUGGAGGCAACCGCCUGCAGAUCAAGGCUGAAACACAUGUCCUUGCAGACGUGCAGGCGCAGCUUGACCUUAUCGGAAAGAUCACGACUGCUAGUGAUAUUGGCACAAAAUUGAAGGCGAAGCAAGAGCUCCUCUCUCUGCUGCUCUCGAACGAGCAGACUCGUCUCAUGGUGUGGUUGUUCCCACUUGAUUAUGGCAAGAAGCAUCACUUCACUUCUGGGCGCCACAACAACACACUUCCUGAUACUGCCGUGUCUACUCAUUUGAAGACGGCUUGGACAGAGAACCCAGCCAUUGCUAUACACCUCCUCAAGCGCUUCCAGUCGCAGCGCCUCAACAACGAGGUUCGAUGGCAGGUACUCAACUUCCCGCACAAGGUUUUGGAUGAGCCGGAUGCUCUCGAGAUCCUUCUAGGCAAUCUCUUACCGAGUGAUGUGUCAUUCCAGCUUAAGUAUAUGCUUUACUGGAAGCCUGUGAACCCUAUCACGGCCGUCACAUACUUCCUUCCAGCUUACGGCAACCAUCCAUUUAUCAUCCAGUAUGCAAUGAGAGCAUUAGAGAGUCACUCGGUUGACGUCAUGUUCUUCUACGUCUAUCAGAUUGUACAAACCCUUCGAUACGACGUCCUGGGCUACGUCGAGCGGUACAUCAUCGAGACGGCCAAGUUCUCGCAGCUAUUUGCUCACCAAAUCAUCUGGAACAUGAAGGCAAACGCGUACAAGGAUGAAGCAUCCGAGGUGCCUGAUCCCGUCAAACCCACGCUUGACAAGGUGAUGGGUAGCUUGGAGUCCAGUUUCUCGAAGGAAGACCAUGCCUUCUACGAGCGCGAGUUUGCUUUCUUCAAUGAAGUCACAGGCAUCUCGGGUACCCUACGCUCAGUCCUGCACGAACCCAAAGAGGUAAAGAAGCAGAAGAUCGAAGAAGAACUUCGCAAGAUUCAAGUGGAAGUCGGUGUUUACCUGCCCUCCAACCCAGAUGGUCAAGUCAUUGGUAUUGAUCGCAAGUCCGGCAAGCCGCUACAGAGUCACGCAAAGACACCUUUCAUGGCUACAUUCCGUAUCAGAAAGACGAGGCCCGAUGAUCAAGAUCUGGAAGAUCAAGAAGACGACAACCGCGACAUUGCACGUCAGCGGGACAACAGCUACGAAACAUGGCUCUCUGCAAUUUUCAAAGUUGGAGACGACUGUCGCCAAGAUGUGCUCGCGCUACAGAUGAUUGCUGCCUUCCGAGGAAUCUUCAAUACUGUCGGGCUUGAUGUCUGGGUCUUUCCCUACCGCGUCACAGCUACCGCACCGGGUUGCGGAGUCAUUGACGUACUUCCCAACUCCAUAUCACGAGACAUGCUCGGUCGUGAAGCCGUCAACCGACUAGAUGACUAUUUUGUAUCACGUUACGGCAACGAAGAUUCGAUCCGCUACCAAGAAGCGCGCUCCAACUUUGUGAAAUCCAUGGCCGCCUACUCCGUUAUCAGUUUCCUCCUGCAGUUCAAGGACCGACACAACGGCAAUAUCAUGAUCGACGACGCGGGUCACAUCAUCCACAUCGACUUUGGUUUCUGCUUCGACAUUGCACCGGGCGGCAUAAAGUUCGAGCGCGCGCCCUUCAAACUCACAGCCGAAAUGAUCGCCGUCAUGUCUGGCAAGAAUGCAGCGAACCCGUAUCAAUCGCAGGCGUACCGCUGGUUCGAGGAACUCACUGUCAAGGCUUUCCUUGCUAGCAGGCAGCAUUGUGAGCAUCUUUGCCACGUCGUACAGGUCAUGUUGGAUAGUGGACUGCCGUGCUUUAAACCUGAGAGCAUGAAGAACUUCCGCGAUCGCUUUGUGCUGGAUAAGAGCGAGAGGGAGGCGGCGGAUUACAUGAGGGGCUUGAUUGAGAAGAGUAGGGGGAGUUAUUCGACCGGAACGUAUGAUCGGUUCCAACUUAUUACUAAUGGAAUUCCCUACUAGGUGGUUGAGGGUGAGACGUAUGGGGGGUUUGCGUCUGUAGAUAAUAUCAUUGUUGUCGUUGAGUAGAUAGACUUGUUUUGAUAAUUGUGACAAUCUUCAUAUGCGGCUUAUCAGUACAAUACCAUCGAAUAUUCACAA